GGAGAAAUAUUCAUCCAAAUUAUAAUCAAUUAUUGUACCUUUGCUGCCUUCAUUUUUGAGACACGGGGACCCACUUUCACCUGGUAUAAAAAUUGAUUUUAGGGCUAAAUGAAGUUGCCAGACUCUUCAAAGGGUACUAUUAGCAAAUCAAACCAAUACAAUGGCCAGCCAUCACACAUCGGAAAAACAUUGCAUAAAUGGUAUUGAAGAAAUGACUCAAGUUGCCGUGGUAAUGGUGCCGCUUCCAGCACAAGGCCAUCUCAACCAGCUCCUCCACCUCUCCCGCCUCGUCUCAGCCUAUGACGUUCCUGUCCAUUUCGUCGGCACCACCAUGCACAACCGCCAGGCCAAGGUUCGAGUCCAUGGUUGGGAUCCUUUAGCUAUUACCAAUAUCCAUUUCCAUGAUUUUCCAGUGCCUUCUUUUCCUACCCCUCCCCCUGACCCCAAUGCUACCACUAAAUUUCCAACACACAUCCUUCCAUCACUUCAAGCAUCGAUACAUCUACGCGAACCUGUUUACACAUUUGUAAACAAACUUUCGAGCACAGCCAAAAGAAUAGUUGUCAUUUAUGAUUCUCUAAUGGCUUAUGUUGUUCAGGACAUACAUUCUGUAACAAAUGCUGAGUCCUAUUGUUUUCGAAGUAUGUCGGCUUUCUGUGUAUACUCAUUUCAUAGAAAAUACGCUGGAAAACCCCUUCCUUCUCUGGAAGGUUGCUUGCCUCCGGAAUUUUCAGAAUUUCAAAAAUUGCAACGAGAGGCGAGGAAAUUCAAUUCUGGAGAUAUUUAUAAUGCAAGCAGAUUAAUAGAAGGGUUGUAUCUUGAUUUGCUUGCAAAAGAAAAUACGAAGGGAACCGACAAACUAUGGGCUAUCGGACCGUUUAAUCCGGUGGUGAUACAUGAAAGAAAAGAUUCAAACAGCCGUCCCAAAUGCUUAGAGUGGCUUGACAAACAACUUAAGAAUUCAGUGAUAUUUGUUUCGUUUGGCUCAACGUCUUCGUUGUCCAAUGAACAAAUCAAAGAGCUCGCACUCGGAUUGGAGCAGAGUGAACAGAAGUUCAUAUGGGUAUUGAGAGAUGCAGAUAAAGGUGAUGUCUUUGAAGGAGAUGUUAGGAGAGCUCCACUUCCAGAAGGGUAUGAAGAAAGAGUGGAAGGAAGAGGACUAAUUGAGAGAGGUUGGGCGCCUCAACUGGAAAUUCUUGGACACCCGUCGACCGGUGGUUUCUUGAGUCAUUGUGGAUGGAAUUCAUGUACAGAAAGCAUAAGCAUGGGAGUGCCGAUAACAGCUUGGCCGAUGCAUUCGGAUCAGCCUACAAACGCCAUGCUGAUAACGCAAAUACUGAAAAUUGGCCUGGAAGUACGGAAUUGGGCAGAUCGAGAUGAAUUGGUGUCAUCAUCAACCGUGGAGAAGGCUGUAAGAAGAUUGAUGGAUUCAGCAGAAGGAGAAGAAAUGAGACAAAGGGCAGCCGAUUUAGAACAGGCAGUAAAGCAAUCAUUGAUGGAAGGUGGUGCUACUCGCAAGGAGAUGGAAUCCUUCAUUGCUCAUAUUACCAGAUAAAAUUAUUCAUCCUCAAAUCUUUAAGUCUACCAGUUUCAUUAUUGCAAGGUGUAUUAAUCUGUCAGUUUAUCAUUAUUCAAUUGUAGUUACAGGGUGCGGGCGAAGAGAACAGAACUGAUUGCCAGUGGAUAGCUUAUAAAAAUGAUCCAUUGGUUCCAUCUCUCGUUAUGGAACCGUAUGAGAACUUGAAACCAGUACAGCAAUCGAGUCGUCUAGUGGAGUAACACUGAACAUUUCAGAAAAAUCGCACAAGAAACUAAGUAUUAAAAGAAUAAUUACUAUUUUUGUUGCCUUUUCUAUUUCAAGAAGAAAUGACAAUAAAUUUUGUUGCAAAUUUAGACGCCUAUAUACAUUUAUACAGAAA